AUGGCCAUCUCCCCAGUUCGUAGCACCGCCACCUCGACCUACUCGGGCUCGACCAUCUCACUGCCGAUCGCCCGCCAGCAAUCCAAUAACAUGGAUGGCAUGGGCGGGGUGGCCGUCAAGAAGGAAGGCUGGGCGUCGGUCAAGGAGAGCAAAAACUUCAUCCAGCCGUGGAAGCAAAAGUACCUGAUUCUUCGCAAAGAAUCGCUUGAUUUCCACAAGACCGAGGGCGGCAAGGUUGCCUACACUCUAUACCUCAAGGACGUCGUCAACGUGGGCAGAGUCGAGCAAGCAGGCACCAUUUUCGAGAUCAAGAGGAAGGCUGACGGCGCCUCGACCAGCCCUGGCGACGACGACGGCCAGACCAGGACGUUGCAGAUCAAGGUCAAAAGCGACGACGACUUGUACGAGUGGAUCGACUUCAUCUACGGCGCGUGUCCCGGCAUGGGUGGCGUCAGCAACCCGACCAACUUCUCCCAUGCCGUCCACGUCGGCUUCGAUCCCUCAAGCGGAGAGUUCAUCGGCCUCCCUCCGGAGUGGUCGAAGCUCCUCAACUCGUCGGCCAUUACCAAGGAAGACUAUGAGCGCAACCCUCAGGCCGUCUUCGAAGUCCUUGACUUUUACACAGACCUCGCCAAGAGAGCCGAAAACCCGAAUCAGUAUUCGAGCCUCACCCCCACGCCUCCUGCCACGUCACAGAACAAGCAGCUGGGCUACGCAGCCGGCAGCUCCAUUGCACCCCCUCGUCCGGCGCCGCCCACGCCCGCCCAGCGCGGUCCGGGCUACUCGACGACUCCGCCUGGCUCGAGCGGCGCUUCCCAGAGGCGGCCGACCGUUGGAGAACACCAGCAGCAACGGCAGCAGAUGCAAGCCAUGUCACCCAACUACGUACCUCAAGAUGCCGCUAGGGACGAGCAGCGGAGGAAGCAGAUGGAGGCACAGAGGCAACGGGAGGAGCAGGAUCGGCGCGAGCUGGAAGAGUACAACGCCUCGCUGCCCAAGACCAGGGUACCCCUCGCUCAGCAGGAGAUUGGUGGUGGCUUCGGUGGUGGCGGCUCGCUGCCACAGUCCAACAGUGCCGAGAGGUUCAACCCCACGAGGGCAGCUCCCCCGGCGCCCAAGCCAAAUGGUGCCCAGUCCAACGGUCUGCGAGCUCAAAGGCCCGCUCCUCCGGCUCCUGGGUCCGGAUCUCCGAGCCGGCUACCGCAGAGCUCUCGCGAUCCGUCUAACCAAGCUCAACGGACACCCCGAGCGGACAACUCGCCGGGUCCCAACGCCAGGUACCAGAAUGGAAACCAGGCAUCUCAGCAGAGGCAGCCCCAGCCGCAGGGCCAGGGCUCUCGUCUCCCGGCUCCCGUCAAGCCUCUCAACGUGGCGCCGAAGGCGGGCCAGACACAGCCGUCGGACGGUGUCAAGGCCGCGGAAGCGGCCCUCACCGCGAAGCCGGCGCCCUCGGAGCGCAAGCAGGACGUGCGCAUGUCCACCAUGUCCGAGAACGAGGUGAUGGCAAAGCUUAAGGAGGCCGUGUCCAAAGACGACCCCAAUAUGUCAUACUCGAAGCAGAAGAAGAUUGGCCAGGGAGCCUCCGGGUCCGUGUACGUUGCGAAAAUCAAGGACACGGCCCAAGGCAUCGCCCGGGAGAUCUUGCGCCAGCAGGGCAGCCGUGCUCAGGUUGCCAUCAAACAGAUGGACCUCGCUCAUCAGCCGAGGAAGGAACUAAUCGUCAACGAAAUCAUGGUCAUGAAAGACAGCAGGCAUCGAAACAUUGUCAACUUCCUCGACGCCUUCUUGCGUAAUAAUAAUGCAGAGCUCUGGGUCGUCAUGGAGUACAUGGAGGGCGGCGCCCUAACGGAUGUGAUUGACAACAAUCCAUCCAUCUCGGAGGAGCAGAUUUCUACCAUCUGCCACGAGACGUGCCGAGGGUUGCAACACCUGCACUCGCAGAGCAUCAUCCAUCGCGAUAUCAAGAGUGACAACGUCCUCUUGGACGCGCGCGGUAACGUCAAGAUUACCGAUUUCGGAUUCUGCGCCAAGCUCACGGAGACCAAGUCGAAGCGAGCCACCAUGGUGGGCACUCCUUACUGGAUGGCACCCGAGGUGGUGAAGCAGAAGGAAUACGGGCCCAAGGUCGACAUCUGGUCUCUCGGCAUCAUGGCCAUUGAGAUGAUCGAGUCGGAGCCACCGUACCUGAACGAGGAGCCGCUCAAGGCCCUGUACCUGAUUGCUACGAACGGCACGCCGAGGCUGAAGAAGCCUGAGAAGUUGAGCAAGGAGCUGAAAGCCUUCCUCUCGGUCUGCCUGUGCGUCGACGUCAAGAGUCGAGCCUCGUCGGACGAGCUGCUGGCGCACGACUUCCUCAAGCACGGCUGCCCGCUCGGCAGCCUGGCGGAGCUGCUGGCCUUCAAGAAGCACGCGAAGUAA